AUGUGCGGCAUAGCCCUCGUCCUAUCCGGCGACUGCCUAGUCGUCGCCCCCUCCACCGCCGCCGCCGCCGAAGCCGCUGCAUCCGGAACACCGUUCUCCGACGAGGGGAAGGGCGUGUCCGUGGGUGAGCUCAAGGAGGCCCUGCGGCGGCGAGGCCCGGACAGCCUUGGAUGCCAUAGGUUCCACCUUUGCGCGGACGGCACCAUCGUAGGUGCUACAGAUGGCGUAGAUUGUGACGGUGGAGAUAAGGUUGGUGGUGGUGUUGGUGCCACGGAGUUGUGCUUCAUUGGCGCGACACUGCAGCUCAGGGGAGCUGAGCCGGUUUCGCAGCCACUGGUGGCGCAAUCAGGAAGUGUUCUAGUGUAUAAUGGUGAGAUAUAUGGAGGAAUUAACAUUGCCAAUGAUCAGAAUGAUACACAAUCGCUCUUGUCUUCACUGGAAUCUUGCUGUUGCUGUGACCUCCAUGUUGCUGAUAGAGAUGAAGCAUACCCUUGCCGUGAGAGCGUAGGGAAAUCAGUUCCACGGAUCCUCUCCACUAUUAAAGGACCAUGGGCUUUGAUAUAUUGGCAGGCAGCAACAAAAGUAAGUGGUUUGGAGGCAGGAGCAGACCCUGAUUUUUCUGACCACACCAAAGUUUGCUACUGGGAAGAGCUUCCUUGUGGGAUAUACAGCAUUCACCUGAAAGACCUUGAUAAUAAUGCCGCAUGUACGAAGGAAGGAUGUGUAGUUAGAAAACAUGAUUGGACGGAUUCUUCGUUGCAUACUUUAAUACGAUGGGAGAGAAAAUCGACAGUUCCUACUGUGGAUGGGUUGAUUUCGGCUAUGGGUUCGGUUGACAAAGGGAACCAUCACUUGUCGUCGUGUUUCAGAAACUCUAGAGAAGCUGAAGACAGUACAAGUAAUGGGUUUGAGAAAAGAGAUCUCCCAUCAGAUAUUUGCUUAUCUCCAGCACAUAGAGUAUUAAUUGCACUAAGGGAAUCUGUAAUGCUGCGAACCAAUGUGAACAUACUGUAUCAGUCUAUCAGGCCAACUUUACAGAGUCCUUGUUGUGGACAGGGUGAUCUGAAUAAACUCGAGGAAGCGGAGUUGGCCCCGAUAGCAAUCCUUUUCUCUGGUGGCCUGGACUCCAUGAUACUUGCAGCAUUAUUAGACCAGUGCCUUGAUUCCAAAUGGACAAUUGAUUUGCUGAAUGUCAGUUUUGAUGGGCAGCUAGCUCCAGAUAGAGUUUCUUCACUGGCAGGACUGAAGGAGCUUCAGAGAAUCUCCCCUCUGCGGAGAUGGCGUCUUGUUGAGAUUGACAGUAAUUUGGCCAACUUGAAAGAGGAAAGUGAACACGUGAUGUCACUGAUAUACCCUUCAAAUACAUAUAUGGAUUUGAACAUUGGUGUAGCCCUAUGGUUAGCUGCUAGCGGGGAUGGUUGGGUGAAUGGGCAAGAUGGUGAUCGCUACAAACACAAGUCAACAUCUAGAGUCCUUUUAGUCGGUUCUGGAGCUGAUGAGCAGUGUGCUGGUUAUGGUAGACAUCGUACUAAAUAUAGAGUUGGAGGAUGGGUUUCACUGGACGAGGAAAUGAGACUAGAUGUGCAAAGAAUUUGGAAAAGAAACAUGGGAAGAGAUGAUAGGUGCAUUUCUGACCAUGGCAAGGAGGCUCGUUUUCCAUUUCUUGAUGAGAGUGUGAUCAGAACAUUGUUGGAAAUCCCACUAUGGGAUAUCGCUAAACUUGAUGAGCCCGUGGGGAAGGGUGAUAAGAAGAUUCUGAGAGAGGUUGCAAAGCUGCUGGGUCUACAAGAAGCUGCUUUUUUGCCAAAGCGAGCAAUCCAGUUUGGUUCAAGAAUAGCAAGGGAAUCAAACCGCAAGAACUUUGGCAGCAACCGAGCCGCGAACCUGGCAUCGGCAGGCAGCGUGGAGGCGCUCGAGGCCGCGGGCUUCGACUGCACGCACCGCUCGGCCGUGGACGCGCUCGUCGACGUCCUCCUCCGCUACCUCACGCACCUCGGGAGGGCCGCGGCCUUCCACGCCAACCUCGCCGGCCGCGCGCUCGCCAACGAGUACGACAUCAUCCAGUCCCUCGAGGAAAUCGGCACCGACUUUGAUGGCUUCGCCGGGGCCGGCACCUCAGGCCGCUGCCUCGUUGGCUCAGGCGUCGUCAAGGACCUCAUGGCGUUCGUCGACUCCAAGGACGAGGUGCCAUUCACGCGUCCAUUGCCCAAGUUCCCUAUACCCCGCGCUCCGCAGCCCACGCCCAGCUUUGCUGUGGCUGAGAGGGAGACUGGGAUGAGGCAUGUUCCUGAGUGGCUACCGGCCUUCCCGGACCCACACACCUACGUCAGGACAGAGGUGUGGAGUGAGCAGGCGGCCAAGGACAGGGUGGACAUGGUCGAACAGGUGCGGCAGCGGAGGAAGGCCGAGAAGUCGCUGCUCAGUUUGCAGCAACGAUUGGCCCUUGCGGGCGCUGAUGGGUUUCGGCCAGCGGUUUCUGAGGAUAGUGCAGCCAAAGGGAAGGAGAUACAACCGGCUGGGAGCAAGAGAAAUCCUUUUCUUGAGCCUGCUUUGCCGCAUGGAGACAAGGAGGUGUCAGAGGUUGAUAUCCCUUCUGAGCGGAAGAAACUUUCUGUCCUUGAUGCAUUUGCACCAGCAAUUCAGGGUGCAAAUGCUAUGGAGCUUGAUUCUGGGACAGGUUGGGACCAGAAUCAGAACCAAAAGAGCAUUGUUCCAAAGGUGAGGGCACCAGUGCACCUGAAGAUUGGAGUAAACAAGAAGCCCCUGGCAGUGGCCCUCAAUUCAAAUUCCAUGGAUCUGAGGGAGGACCCGUCGUUUUUGAAGGAGGAACAAAAGGAUGACCGGAAGCGGAGGGCUGGGAUGAUAUUGAGGGCAUCAAUGGAUAACCCACAGGAACUGCCCCAGAUUUAA